UUAAGCGUACAAUUUGUACUAAAAAUAGAAACCUAUUCACAGGGCUAUUUAUCGUUAACAACAACCAGGUAUAAGAUAGUGACCCGGUGCAUUGAUUAUUACUAGAUCUGUUUGUUUGGCUUCUGUGUAAAGCUUUCUGACAAUUCUCUAAAGGUGAUGGCGGCAAUAAGGAAGAAGUUGGUCAUCGUUGGUGAUGGUGCCUGUGGUAAAACGUGUCUUCUUAUUGUCUUCAGUAAAGAUCAGUUCCCUGAAGUUUAUGUACCUACUGUGUUUGAGAAUUAUGUAGCUGAUAUUGAAGUUGAUAGCAAACAGGUUGAACUUGCAUUAUGGGAUACCGCUGGUCAAGAAGAUUACGACAGAUUACGACCGCUCUCCUACCCAGACACAGACGUCAUAUUAAUGUGUUUCUCCAUCGACAGUCCUGACAGUUUGGAUAAUAUCCCAGAAAAGUGGACACCAGAAGUCAAGCAUUUUUGUCCUAAUGUGCCGAUUAUAUUGGUUGGGAAUAAAAAAGACUUGCGUAACGAUCCCAACACGCGUGCCGAAUUAGCUAAAAUGAAACAACAGCCUGUAGCCUAUGAUGAGGGUAAAUCUAUGUCCGAGAAGAUAGGAGCAGCCGCAUAUGUAGAAUGUUCAGCCAGAACAAAGGAUGGCGUAAGAGAAGUUUUUGAAACGGCAACACGUCAAGCUCUUAGUAAAAAGAAAAAGAAACAAAGGGGAUGCGCAUUACUAUAGAAUUUGUAAUUAGCUAUUAUUGUUUUUUUUUUUAAAAUGAAUAUUUUGGGGUCUCUCAUCGGAAACAGACUGGGAUAAUAUGUGCAUAGGGUGUUAAAUUAGAGGGAAUGAAAAUGGGGGGUGGGGAGGGGAUCUGUGGAAUGGGGAAUAAUGGAUUUAAGGUACUUCUUCAUGAAAAGAAAAACUUUUAAUACAGAUUUGUAUUGUACAUGUAUUUAUAACUGUUGUUGUAUGCAAUCUAUGAAGAAUAUAAUAUUGCUAUCCCAGUCUGUUACAAGAAUCGAUCUGUAAAAAGCUUAGAGUUGUGCUGUAGCUAAAUUGUGGACUCCUUCUCAAAUCUUUUUUUUAUUUUUGACGGAAAUAUGUGAACUGUAUGUAUACUAUACAUGUAACCUGUCUUUGUGUUUUAAAAAGAGGGAAUUUAAUGCUCAUCAAGUCAUGUUCGAAGCACAUCCCAAGCGAUGAUUAUUUCCAAAUUAAACUUCUGACUAAGGAAUUUACUUAUUUCUGGUUGUAUUAUUAGAUUUUCAGUCAUUGUUUUCUACAUGUAUAUUUGGCUGGUGGGCGGGAAUAAAUCUCUCAUUAAUUUGCAAGUCAAAAAUCACUUUUACUAAAGUGAAAAAAACCCAACAAAUCUCCCAAUUUGGACAUAGUUAUACGUCUACAGGUAUCAUAAUAAGGACUUCAUUCAAUGUACAUAUAGACAAAACUUCUGACCACAUGACUAUAUUUAUGUGGAGCAAAUUUCAUCUGUAAGGUGUUCCAACAAAAAAAGAGAAAGAAUGCCCCCAAGAUCCACACAGUCAAGCUUGAUUGAGCACCUUAGAAAAACAAUGACUGGAUUUUGAAUAUUAACUCACUGAAAAUAAAUUUUACUUGUAAUUACAAUGUAUAUUCACAAGCUAAUGACAAGACUAUUAGUAAUUGUAUAUUGAACCCAAAUCCUAAUACCAGAUACUUAAGACAAUAUGUGUAAUUGUAAAUAAUUUCCACAAGUAUCAGAUUGUCUUAGACAAUAGUCAAUCAGUAACCUGGCUAUAAAGCAAGAUAAUAGUUCAUGAAGUAAUCUAAAAGACUCUUAAAUAUAUCAUUAGCAGGAACAGUUCGGUUUCUUAGCCAAAUAAUGUAAUUUUUCUUUUCUAAUAAGAUAAAGAUAAAUAGAAAUAUGAAUCUUGGCCCUUAUUUAUGAAAACUUAAACUAAGAUACAAUCGAAAUUUUAAGAAAUACUGCAAUUCGAUUGGCUGACCAGUAAAAUCAAUUUGCAAAUAUCCAAUUUGCAUAUUGGUCAGCCAAUUGAAUUGCAGUAUUUCUUAAAAUUUUGAUUGUAUCUUAGUUUAAGUUUUCGUGAAUAAGGGCCCUGGUUGUUUAUGCCACCCAAUCCGUAGAGAUUUUUAAAAAAAAAAUAGUAUUAAGUCUUAUUCUAGGAGCUACUGAAGAGUAGAUUCACGUGAUAGACAUAAUCUUCCAGUCAUAAGAUAAGCCUAUGUGUACUUAAUAGGCUAUAUUUACAAUAAAAUGACUUUGUUAUACUUGAAUGAUGUAACAGAAGCUAGGUUUCGUCAAUGUUUUUUUGCGAAUAUUAUGACCUCGAUGCAUUGUAUAUAUAUAAAUGUAUGAAAAAUAUACCCUGAAACAUAAAAGGGCUAUUUCUUUUACCAGAGAAAUUGAAUGGGUUUUUUUUUUUUUUAAUUUUUUUUUUGUUGUUGACUUUUGUUUGUAUAAAGAGUUUGUAUUGGAAUGUUUUAUGUUCAGAGCAAGCAGAAUAUUGCCAAUUAAUUGUAUAAUAAAUGAACAACAUGUUCAAAUUUAUUGUUUUAUAUGCAAGCUACAAGAAAUAAUCUGGAAAAAAAAAUUCUUGAAAUUUAUUCAUAUUCAUAAGCUAGUCUUACUGAAGACGGAUUUUAAAGAGGCAUUAUGCGAGCACUAAAUUAUUUAGGUAUUUCUUUGUAUGACAAACCCAUAAUCAACUCUUUAUACCAUUGAAUGGCUUACAUAAUGAUUGGGUUAGAAACAUCUGCCAUAUCUGGGCUAUUUUUUGUCAAAACUUUAUAACUUUGUUCAGAAUAAAGUAAUUUGACUGGAAUUUUCAAUAUGUUUAUUUUUCAUUUUCUCUUUUUGAAUUAUUAUAGCAAAAACGGCCAGCUCUUUAUCUAAAUCUCGCAUAAUUCCUCUUUGAGAGUUAAAUAUGGGGAAUAAAAUACUUUAUAGUAUAUUAUUUAUUUCAUUAAUAAGACUUUAGUUUAUUCACUUAGAUUAAUCAAAUGUCUUUGUCUGACUUGUUCCCUUUUCUUAAUCUAUCUGCUUUCUUAUUUUCAACUUUUUUAUUAUUUUACUUGUAAAUCAUUAAUUUGUCUAGAACCACCCACAUGGUUUCCUGCCUGAAAUAUGGCUUCAUUAAUUCUUUGUUAAACAGGCGUUAUGUAAGAGCUAAAUCUGCCUAUAGCCGGUCUUUCUUUGAGCCUUAAAUGUUACAUAAAUUAUUAAUGAGACAUUAAUAUCAAUUUAUUAACAUGACAAGACCAUAAUCAACUCUUGAUGCCAUCGAAUGGCUCGGAUUUUAAGUAGAUUGGAACAGUUCGGCCUUUUAAUCAUUAAUGAUUUAAUUUCAGAAUGGAUAAGCGAGACUAAAGACUUAAAUGACCAGUACAGUGGUUACGUUCAAUGCAGAAAUCUUGUCAAAUCUAAACCAUUGAUAACUUGGCUCAAAACAAAGUAAUUUGAAUGAAAUUUACAAUAUAUUCAUUUUGCAUUAUCUAUUUUUGAAAUAUUAUAGCAAGAACGGCCAGCUCUUUAUCUAAGUCUUACAUAAUGUUCCUUUAAUGAUCCAAAGAAUGUGCAUGUCCGGUUUCGUUCAGCUCAGUUCGCAAACUGCUAAAAAAAUAAGACUUGAAAUAAACUGUCCACUGGAUAAAAAAAAAUGUGAAGGCAAAGUCAUAGAAAACCUGUUAGAAAUUAAUCCUUUGAAUGCUUUUCAUUUCUAAUCUAACUAAACUACAAAAGAUGAUUAUUUUUUAAUUUACAUGCAGAAUAGGCAUAUCAUUGCAUUGAUCAACAUUCAUUGAAGUAAAUUCAAGCCUGGAAAUAAGGCAUCUGUCACUGACAAUGUCAGGCACAGAUUCAGGCUUUGUCAAGUACUAUUUCAUUAGUGCCUGAUAUUUUGUCAGAUACAUCUAAAACCGUUAUUUCCAGGCCUGAGUACAUAGUAGAAUUAUUAGAUAUAUCAUUCCAUUUUAUUUAUAUUUUAUUCCAUUCCUUGUCUUAUUUCUGGCUUUUAAAAAGAGAAAGAUGUUUUUCUUGUACAAUAAUAAAUCACAAGUACUGGUAGAUAAAUCUUAUAUUUUAUAUCAAAACGGACCAUACCAAUUUAUAUUUUUGUUCUUUAGUGACCAAGGGGGUUGGAUGGCGUGCGCGUAAAAUCACAAGGUCUGUCAUAGAAUCAAGUGGUGUGGUUUCGAAUCCCAGCUUGAGUGUGACAAGGAGUAAGGUCCCCUGUCCAACAACGUGGGUUUUCUCUGGGUCCUCCUGUUUCCUCCCACUUGUGUCCUGGAUGUUAAACCCCAUUUCUCUCUUUAGGAACCCUUCUUUUAAUUUUUUCUCCUUACUUAGUUGGUCUUAACAUCUUUUAGUACCAAAUUCUUAAGUUUUUAAAUAUUAAAACAGGAGACACUGAAGAGCGAAAAUUUAAAUUGGUUUGACCCAAAUAAACUAGUAUUUUUUUUGUUUACUUAUAUUGCCUAUCGUCUAUGUAGCUUCUGCAUCUAUAUGUAAAUUUGUAGGAAUCUGUUCUUAGUUGAAUUUUAAAAAACUUUAAAUGAAAAUAAUCUUGUAUUUUACGAAAGUAGCCGCUAUUCUGAAUGCCAAGCUAUUUCGUGAACUAGGAUUUGAGUACAGAAAUCAUUAAUUAGCCAUAAGAUGUAUGAUGAGCAUGAUAUUGUAGAAUAAUUUUCUUUUUAUUGUAUUUAAUCAGUUUCAACCUGAAACAACAUUUAAAUAAACAAACUUUUCAUAUUGUCCAAUAA